UCGAAAAGUGGUCUUUUAAUUUUUGAAAAUUCUUCCUCUUUAAAAUAUUUGUUGUUUGAUUACUGAUAAUUCAAAUAUGAAUGUCUUCAAGUGUUUUCGAUCGAAAUUUUAGAAGUAACUGGUAAUAUUGACUUCCGUUAUUUGCCUCAUUUUAGAAGUAUUAAUCCAUAUUUCAUUUAAAACAAUUUUUUAAAAUAAAAUGUAUUUAGUCUGCGCACUUGACGUUUAUUUUCGUGCCAUCUAUCUGUGCCAAUUGUUCACAAAAUGACCAUAGUAAGAAGAAGAAGAAGAUAACCUCCAAAUUUUAAAAGGUUCAACUCGCAAGAAAUGAGUUUUUUACACAUAUAUAAUCAUAUAGACAAAAUAUGGAAAAUAUAUUAAGAAAAACGUCUAAUUUUUACUUCGCCAGAUGUAACACAAUUCAUACAUCAUGUCGCCUGAACGGCUGGCGUCAAACUGGAAAUGCUAUGAAAAAAGUGCUUGGUGGAACUAAAAAAAGAAAAUCAUAUUUUGAGGAUUCUCCUAAAAUGCCUUCAGCUGAAUUGUUCAGUAAAGGAACUUUUGAAGGGAAAGGGUCGGGUAAUUCAAGAAGAGCCACUGUACUAAAUAAGCUUUUCAUGCGUCACAUAACUGAUCAAUUGGCAACUGGAAAAUGUGCUGAGAAGAUAUUGGGAUAUGGCGUGGAGAUAAAUAGAGUAAAAGUGACACCAGAUUACAAGUUGUUAAAAGUUUAUUGGCUUGCAAAAGGAUCGCAAAAUGAUGAGGUUAUAGAUGAAAUUUUACAAAGGAAUUCUGGUUUGCUAAGACAUGAGCUCUCUCAGUUACGUUUAAUGGGUGUUGUACCUCUUAUACAAUUUGUUAAAGAUAAACUUUAUGCACGAAUUGUUGAACUGGAUAGUAAAUUGUCUAUAGCAGACUUUGGAGAAGAUCACACUCCACUGAAUCCAGCUGAAAAACUUAAAACUGAAUUUGAAAUUUUGUCUCCAUUGGACGACAAUAUUAAAAAACAACUUAAAGAAUUAGAUGAAACUGAAACGGAAGAUUUUGAGGAAUUACCCUUACCGCCGAUGCCUCAGAAUGUUUUAGGUUUAAAUCAUGCGAUCAUCUUAAGCAGGAUUAAAAAAUCUGUGAGAAAAUCAGAAGCUCUUCACAGAAUCGACACUAUUAAAGAGAAUGAGGAUGAAAGCUGGGUUACGUUUAAAUUAAAACAGUCUACGAAUGAGGAUCCUCUACAAUUCGGGAGUGAAUAUUCACAGAGGGAAGCCUUUAAGGAUUUUUUACAUAAACGACAGCUUCUGCGAUUGAAAGCGAGGAAAGAGAAUAAAAAUUAUAUACCCGAUCUGGAAUAUAUAAAAGAGGAACUUAGGGAACGGCACAUGGAGAACUUAAGUAAAUUUGAUAUAAUUCUUGAGAAUAUCGAGGAGGAUUUUAUUGAAGAUUCUGAAGAUGUCAAAUAAUUUAUAGCAGAUAUUUAGUUAUUAAAUUUUACUUUAAUUAAAAUAUAAAAAAAA